CGUUAUGUUAACUCAAACAAAGGAAAUGAACAAACUGCAAUUAAGAUGGCGUCUAGUGAUAAUUUUACUUAGUGCACUAAAGUAUGCAAUGCGAAUGUCGAUCGAUCCUUUACUCACUUGAACAACACAGCACAGCACAGCAAACAGUUCAGCAAGCAGUCAUAUCUAAGCACUCAGCAGCAAGCAGUGUUCCAAUUAGCACCUGCACGAAGUAUUAUUCGAUUUCCUACUGGCAAAAAGCACUCUUAUCUUAAAUUAACUACGAUUUAAAUAACUAAAUAAAAAACAAUAAUCGAAAACUACAAGAACACUUUUACCGUUUAACGCAACAUCGACUAUGGCGAAUACAGCGCAAUUGUUACGUCGCCAGAGCUCGCGCGACAUUGUGCUCAAGACCCAAAGGAGUAUCGAUCAGUUGGAGCUGCGAGAGCUGCGUGGCCGCCUGGUGCCCAAGGAGCAUGGCGUCAGUCAUCAUCAUCACACAUCGCUGCAUCACCAUCAUCAGCCCAUGUACGGUGCGACGAAUCAGGGUUUCAUGUCCGAUGCCUUUGAUGAGUCAUCCGAAUUGGAACAGGAGCCACCUUUUGGCUCAGAUACCAGUACCAGCAGGAUCAAGGACGAAAUCACCACUGGUGUCGAUCAGCAGCAGCAACAGGACAUUGUUGAGGGCGAAAAAGAGGGCGAGGAGCGCGAGAGUUGGGAUAGCAAAAUUAUGUUCCUGCUAGCUACCAUUGGCUACGCAGUUGGUCUGGGCAAUGUUUGGCGUUUUCCAUAUUUGGCGCAGAAGAAUGGCGGCGGUGCCUUCCUGGUACCCUAUUUUAUAAUGCUAUGCGUGCAGGGUAUACCGAUUUUCUAUUUGGAGCUGGCGAUUGGUCAACGACUGCGCAAGGGGGCCAUCGGUGUGUGGAGCCAGGUGUCACCAUAUCUGGGUGGGAUUGGCAUCUCGUCGGCUGUGGUCAGUUUCAUUGUCGCGCUCUACUACAACACGAUAAUUGCCUGGUGCCUGAUCUACUUGCUGCACAGCUUCGAAUCGCCAUUGCCGUGGGCCGAUUGUCCGACCCGGCUCUAUAAGAACUAUACGUACGAUCAUGAGCCGGAGUGUGUGGCCUCGUCGCCGACCCAGUUCUAUUGGUAUCGCACCACGCUGCAGUGUUCGGAGAGCGUGGAUAUGCCGGAGCAUUUCAAUUAUCAUAUGGCCAUAGCGUUGAUUGUGUCCUGGUUUCUGGUCUACAUCUGCAUGGUGCAGGGCAUCACAUCUUCGGGCAAAAUUGUCUAUAUGACGGCCAUAUUUCCGUAUGUGGUGCUUAUCAUCUUCUUCUUUCGUGGCAUCACACUCAAAGGGGCCGCCGAUGGCGUGGCUCAUCUGUUUACGCCACGCUGGGAGACGCUUCUCGAUCCGGUUGUUUGGCUGGAGGCUGGCACCCAAAUCUUCUUUUCGCUGGGACUCGCCUUUGGCGGCCUGAUUGCGUUCAGCUCGUAUAAUCCGGCUAACAAUAAUUGCUAUAGGGAUGCUAUCCUGGUGUCGAUGACCAACUGCGGCACCUCAAUGUUUGCCGGCGUCGUUGUCUUUGCGGUGAUUGGCUUUAAGGCUACGGCGACCUUCGACCGCUGCACAGAGGAAAGAGCCAGCCUCGUGGCAUUGAAUCGGACGCACAAUCUGCCUAUUUGUGAUCUACAACAAGAGCUGGCCAAUAGUGCCUCUGGCACGGGACUCGCAUUUAUCAUCUUUACGGAAGCGAUAAAUCAGUUUCCUGGGGCCCAGCUCUGGGCUGUGCUCUUCUUUCUAAUGCUCUUCACCUUGGGCAUCGAUUCGCAGUUUGGCACGUUGGAGGGCGUGGUCACAUCUCUGGUGGACAUGAAACUCUUUCCCAAUCUGCCCAAGGAAUAUAUCGUGGGCGCUCUGUGCCUUUCCUGCUGUGUGAUCUCCAUGUGCUUUGCCAACGGCGCCGGCAGCUAUAUCUUUCAGCUAAUGGACAGCUUUGCUGGUAAUUUCCCAUUGUUGAUCAUUGCACUGUUCGAGUGCCUCUCGAUUAGCUACAUUUAUGGCGUUAGACGCUUCUCCGAUGAUAUUGAGAUGAUGACCGGCUCCCGGCCGGGCUUUUACUGGAUGUUCUGCUGGAAGUAUUUGUCACCCUGUGCCAUGGUCACCAUCCUAUUGGCCUCCUUCUAUCAACUGGUGACUGAGGGCAGUAGCUAUCCGGCCUGGAUCGCAGCCAUGGGUGCCACCGAGAAAAUGGAAUGGCCACAUUGGUGCAUUGUCGUCGCCUUCAUACUGAUCCUCUCCUCCAUACUGUGGAUUCCACUCGUGGCCAUUCUACGUCUGUGCGGCAUUAAGGUGGUCGAGGACUCGGAUCCCGCCUGGUUUCCUGAAGCAGAGCUCAAGGAGGUACAUGGCAUUGUGCCACAUGAACCCACCGAGCUGGAGCGCAGUGUUUUCUGUUUCAACAUGGAUGGAACGGAGGGCAUGUGCUGUCCCAAAUAUGGACUGCCCGAGAAGUCGCUCGAGGAAGAGGAGGAGUAAGUGCAGCAGCAUCAGCUGCACAUCAAGACAAUAAUAACAAAAUACAUAACAGUUAACUGUAAAUAUGGACAUUAAGUCAUCAAAAAAGAAAACAAAUCCGAUGAAGGCAGUGUCGGUAACUCCCAUGUAUGUAUCUAUAUGUUCCCAAAGACUGCUCCAAACACAAGAACAACAGUAGCCGUAGUAGAAGUAUCAAACAGUAACAACAGGAGCCCCAAGAGAGGUGAACUUAGCGCCUUCUGCGCGGUUUCAGCAACUACAAUAAAAAGGAGAAUGAUAUACUGAAAAAGAAGUCUAUAAUAAUAAUAUUAAAGCAAAAAGCAAAACAGCUAAAAUAUCUAGAAAAUGUUUUCGCAUAAUUCCAUUUAGUAUGUUCGGUGUACUAUAACUAAUUAUCUAUGUGUAUAAAGCAGUUGGCAUAGCAAACAAUACGAAAUUAAAUACUAUAAUGCAGCCAUAUAUACUCUGUAGCCAUGAUAUCGCUAUAUAUAGAGAACUAUAAGAGCUAGAGCUAUCAAAUUUAGUAGCAGUAUGCACGAUGGGUAUACGAGUAUAGAGAAUAUUUCCUUUUUGGACAUCCAAGGCAUCUAAAUGGUAAUAUACCCUGGUAGUUGCGAAUCCCAUCAUAUUAUAAUGACAUAUAAGCAACCAAGCUACAGAUCAUAUGUAUUAUUGGGAGGGAGCUAGAAGCGCACUGUGUGAACUCUGGCUACAGAGUAUCUACAAGUCAGGCCUUUUCGACUAUAUUACAUAUUUGUUUUCUUUUGCCUCAAUAGAGCUGAAAGUGGGACAUACCUAUACAAUGCUCGAGCUUUGUUUUUGGCAUUACCCGUAUACAUAUAUGUAAACACAUUUCCGAUUUCCAUUUUUGAUGUUGAUUCUUGGAUUUUGUUGACUUAAAAGAAAAGACGGAAGGAAAUAAAAUGCAAAGUGAAAUUGAUGGCAAGUUAAUAAAAAAACAAAACAAAAGAAAACCGAUU